AUGAUGUCCACACCGUCUUCCUCCACGCGUCUUCCUCCUACCUCCCCGCAGGUCACUGCCUCGGUCGUGAAGUUUCGCUGCCUGUACACUCACGACCUACGCCGCAAGUCCAAACGAUGGCACGACGGACACUUACGAUAUCAUAAACACAACAAACGUGUUAUGGUAUACGAUGACCAGGGUAAUUUUAUCGGCGACCACCACUGGCGAUCCACCGAUGAAGUACAAGAUGGCGACGAAAUGGAGCUGGACAAGGGAGUCCUGAUUGAGGUGACCGAGAACAUGGGCACGACUGAGACGGAUAUCACAACACUGUACGAAAAAAAGAAAUCAAGCCAGGGCUCGCCGCCGACCAGAGACCCGCGCUCCCCCUCUACCUACGCACCUUCUGCCUCCGUACCUCUUCGCGGUUCCCAGUCAUUUCGCUCACUUUACGAUUUGCUGGGCAUUAAAAAGACUCCUAUUGGGCAUUUGAUCUGCCCGCACGAGGAAAGGAAUCCCCCGCAACCAGCCUCCAGCAUUCAGGAACCCGAAAGAGCACCGAAGCGACAAAAGACAUCCUCGGUGGUGAAUCGAGGCGAGCAACGCUCGCGUGUGGGUGAGGUGAUCGAUUUAACCGAUUCAACCGAUUCAAUUCAGGGACUCUCUGAGAGGGAAAGGCCGAAACAACCGAAAAAACCACAUAGAGCUGGGGGUGAUUCUACGGCUGAUGCAGCACUCCCGGUAAAUCGUGAGCAGAGGUCGAAACCAACUCGGCCACAGAGACCCAAUCCUCCUUCGUUCUCAAGCGCCUCCGCUUCAACUGCAUCUGAACCGAUCUCCAGUCUACCAACACCCGAGGAAUUAUUCCGUACACCCGUCAAGGGUUUCCAACCUGCAAGGUCACUAGGCAAUAAAUCGAAAGAUGACCCGCCACCUAUUCAACCGCCAAGGCCCCGAGGCCCCUCGACAAGUUCCCUUCCCACUGUAACCCCAGAAACUGAAAUACCGAGGCCACGGGAGACCUUGCGCGUGGAGCGGCCAUCAAUCAGCCGCGAAAAUCGAUCAAGAGCUCUGUCACGUCCCAUCCCACCACAGAGGUCUGACCCUCCGGCGGCUUCGAGGAGCUCCCUCACAAGCGCACCCAAACCGUCGUCUGCUAGAUCUACACCACAGACGCCGGUGCGUGCAGUCAGCAAUUAUGUGAACCCUAUCGAACCUGUGGGUAAUCAAGCUUCAAUCAACGUUCCAGCAUCAGUCAACAUUCCACCUCCAGCCAAUGUUCCACCUACAGCCAACAUUCCACCUCCAGCCAAUGUUUUACCCACAGUCAACGUACCAUCUCCAGUCAACAUCUCAUCUUCAACGAGCAUGCCGCCUCCAUCACGUCCAUCAUCGACACUACGCUCUGGGGCACCUACAUCCGCCCUACGCAUGGGAGUCGGGAAGCCACGCAGGAAACUGAUGUACAGUGCUCUAUUGCCGGGCGCUUCACGAACUCCAUCGCCAGCGACCUCAGAUACAUCUCCUGGUAGUGCAAGUGAGCCCGCCACAAAUACCCCAGAGCAACAGCUGGCCGCCGUUCCAGGUGAUUCCUCAAUAUCAAACGAAGAGUUUAUGCCCUCAAGCUCGACACAAUUUAUCUUCGACGAGUUGAUAAAUGGAUCAGGGUUCAAAUCGCCCUCCACGAUCAAAAGUCUAAACGCGGGAAAAUCUCUCAAUUCACCCUUGCGCAAGUCAAUGUCCAACCCGAUUGAAUCGACUACCCGCCAGGUCCGAGCAGGAGGACCAUUCCACGCGGCUAACAAGGAAAACGAGCCUAGAGAGCAAGGCCCCUGGACAUCCGAGGCCUUGGAUUUGUUUGACUUCUGGCCUGCUGGACGACCAAAACCAAACGAAUGA